AUGACCGGCAUGGAAUCAGGAGAGAAUUUGGAAAACAUGGAAGAUAUUUUGGCGAGACAUCGCAAGGAAAAUAAAGAUUUACAGAAUAAGAUAACGGGUAUGAAAAAGCAGGCUACUAAAUCCAAAAGGAAAGAAGUUAAUUCGAAAUGCCUAGAUCUUCAAGAUAAACUAAAGACUAAGCAAGAAAAUGAAAUAAGGGAUUGGAAAAUUGCAAAUAAUGAAGUGUUUGACGCAGAACAAGAAGAUGAAGUGACUCCUGAAAAACUUUUAGAACAACUAUCCAUAUCUCGAGAUGAGAAAGAACAACAGAAUGUUCCCGUUCAACAACAGCAACAAGGCCAGACAAAGAAGCGUCGCAAUAGACAAAAGGAAAGAUUGGCCAAAAGAGAUGCAGCAAUUGCUAAAAUGAAAGAAGAGGCUGCUUUAGAAGCAUCCAAACAACCGGACUUGAAAAAAAUGGAGCAGGAGUCUAUAGAUCAGUUAUGCGAGUUGAAGAAACUGAAACAAUUCGAUAUACAACCCGAUGGCCACUGUCUCUUUGCAUCUAUAUUAGAUCAGUUAAAAUUACGCCAUGAUCCAAAAAAACUGGAUCAAGACAUGGAUGUCAUGAAGCUGAGAUGGUUGAGUUGUAAUUACGUACAGGAGCACAGGGAUGAUUUCAUUCCAUAUUUGUUUGAUGAAGAAACUAUGAAGAUGAAAGACAUUGAUGAGUAUACGAAAGAGAUGGAGCAUACAGCUCAAUGGGGUGGUGAAAUUGAGAUUUUGGCUCUCUCUCACGUUUUCGACUGCCCCAUUAGCAUUCUGAUGAGUGGAAGACCUAUUCAAGUGUACAAUGAAUGUGGGAAAAAUCCUGAAUUGAAGCUAGUUUACUAUAAACACAGCUAUGCAUUAGGUGAGCAUUAUAAUUCAUUGCAUGAUUCUUGA